GCUGUUUGUCAAAGAUCUGUCACCGUGGUUGGUGAGUUGGUAAACGCAUCAUGAUCUGUUAAAGUCAAAAUUAUUCCAUCGCAUUUUAUAUGUUUGUUCAGUUAAUUUUACGAUAACUGACGAUUGAGAUAUUGGCAUUCUGUUGAACCCGUUGGCCCCAGUUCCAGUCCGUACGCUUUGGAGUGCGCAUAGAUGGCUUUGGCUACCACUCCGGGGGCCGAGGGACCCCCAGAAGAAACAAUUAAAGUAAUUGGAUGUGCCCAUUACAAAAGAAAAUCGAAAUUCGUCACGCCUUGUUGUAAUAAAGUGUACACAUGCCGCUUUUGUCACGAUGAAAAAGAGAAUCAUACAGUCAACAGGAAAGCUGUAACGGAGUUGGUUUGUACACUGUGCAAUACCCGGCAACCAGUCCAGGCGGAAUGUCGAAAUUGUGGUGUUAGGUUUGGCAAGUAUGUCUGUUUGGAAUGCAACUUGUUCGACGAUGAAGAAAAGAAGCAAUUUCACUGCCAGGGAUGCGGUAUAUGCCGCAUUGGGGGUGCUGAGAAGUUUUUCCACUGCGAAAAAUGCAAUAUGUGUUUGCCAGUCCAGUUAAAAAAUGGCCACAAGUGCGUGGAAAACGUCUCAAGAGCAAACUGCCCGGUAUGCUUGGAGGAUAUUCAUACUUCUCGAAUUCCCUGUCACAUACCGAUGUGUGGGCAUUUACUACACCGGACCUGUUUCGAACAGCUACUACAAGCCGGACACUACGCUUGUCCGAUCUGUCAAACUUCCUUGAUGGACAUGAGCCAGCUGUGGAAGUACUUGGAUCAGCAAGUCGAUACUACCCCCAUGCCGCCAGAGUACAAGGAUUAUAUUGUUCACAUUUUGUGCAAGGAUUGUCACAAGGAAUGUACCGUCCAGUUCCACGUGGUCGGCUUCAAAUGCUGCCAUUGCGGUUCGUAUAACACGUGUCGCAUCAAAGGGCCGAUAAAUCCAACUGGUUUCAGGGACGGCCAAGCGGUCCAGAACGCACAAGGCGAAGGUAGUAACGCAGCUAAUAAUAACAAUAACGUAGAAAACAAUCAGGCGGAUAUGCCACAGCCAAACAGAAACGUGUCUGCCAAGUAACAUUUAGUUAUACUCUCAUUAGUGACCUUUCUGUUCUGCUCUCUGGUUAUUUUCAUGCUCCUCAUGCUCUUCAAACCCUUCGAAAAUCUGAUUAAGUUCUGAAUCUUAUGUAAUUUUUAUUCUCCCAGGGAUGGGUAGACGUAAAAAAAUCGGAAUUUGUUACAUUAGUAAUUGUUAUAAGGAUUUUUUUUUCAAUUUUCCUUAAAAUUACAACAUUUACAGCAAAUUAACGUGUUUUAAGAGUUGUAAAAACGCGAAUAUGUAACAAAAUCCGAUUAUCUGCCCGUCCCUGACUGGGCAGCUUGCGAUAAACCGAAAAUAGUUCUAUAAGUUCCUCGAAAGGUGGUGUUAGUAUCUCAUUACAUGUGUGCUUCGAUGGCUAUCGGGUAGAUGGCGCUAGGAGGCUUUUCUGAAAGUUACCGGCGCUUUCCGCCAGGUGGUGCUAGAGUAACUUUUUGCAGAAAACCCUGUCAAUUUUUACAAGUUUUAUAUAUAUUUUUAUUAACUAGUGAGAGGCUAGGUUUGUUUUUAUUCAAUAUAUGUUCCUAACAUUGUUAUUGAUUACAUUUUUACACGUAUUUUUAUAUCGUUUAAGAUUAUUAUGUAUCUAUAUUCUAUAUUAUUAUAGACUAGUAGUUUUUAAGGUAGUUAGGACUGUUAAAACUCUUUUAGUUGUAUAAGCUUAUAUAUGUCCCUCUAAGAAUAGCUCUCGGCUGUAUCGCGGAAAGUAUUAGCUAAGUAAAGAGGCUAUGGGAAAUUGCUGGAAAUUAUUUUCAAGUUUGUAGAAUGACCGCUAGGGGGCGCAACUGCAACAAAAAAUUGGAAAGU